UUGAGUUGCGGUGUAAAGAUGUGGGUCGCAGGAAAACGAAAAAUAACAAUAAUAAUAAAUAGGAACACGAUAAUGUCAGGCUCGGAGUUCACUAAGCAGGACUUGGGCAAAAACCCAAAGGUCUCAAAAAUCCGAUGUGGUGGACCUGCCAAAUAAUUCCAAUUGAAACCUUUAAAUGUGACAAAAAUAUGUUGGAACUUGAAAAGCGGACAAAUUCCCGGGAAAUAAGACCAAACUUAUAGCCAUGGUGGGCCGACUGUUGCGCUGCAUUCUUAUCUUAAUCCUCGUCAGCUUUACUGUCUUCUCGUACUUUUCGAAGUCAAGGACAAUGGGAAAACUUAACUAUUUUAAAUCAGAACCUGAUUCAGGAGACUUAUUAUUGAGUGGUAUAGUAUCCAAAGAUCCUGGAUCCCAGAAAUACAUUGACAGGAUACAGCGGCUGCGGGCCUUUAAAGAAAUUGAAGACGGAAACGGCAACAGCAGUGGCAGCAAAAUGAUUACUUCUAAUUAUCCUGAUUUUAAUGCCAAAGACGCCAUUGCCCGGAUCAGAAGCAGAAGAAUUGGACAGGGUCGGCUGCAGAUUUUGUUUAACUCUUUUUCCACAGAUAGCGGCAAAAAGAAAAAGGAAUUUUCGAAAGUGCUUCUAGACUCGAAACAUAUUUUAGGGAGGAAAUCAAUGGAAUUGCUUUCGAUAGAAACCGAAGUUCCCGUCCGAAUGCCUCUGGUACGAACUAUAUACGAGCCCGGUCACUUGGAUAAUGAAAUUGAUAAGGAAAGAAUAUGUCCCCGAGGAGGGUUGUACACAAAGUUGUUGGUACUGAUUACCUCAGCUGUCCAUCAUGAGGCGGCUAGGAUGUCUAUCCGGCAGACAUGGAUGCACUACGGGAGCCGGAGGGAUGUGGGGAUGGCUUUCAUUCUGGGACGAACCACCAACCAGACUUUGAACAAGGUCAUUGAACAGGAGGAUUUCAUGUACCGAGAUCUGAUAAGGGGACACUUCAUAGACUCGUACAACAACCUGACUCUCAAGACUAUCUCCUUGCUGGAGUGGACAGAUCUUCACUGUCCCAAAGCCAAGUACCUCCUUAAGACGGACGACGAUAUGUUCAUUAAUGUGCCCAAGCUGAUAACUCUCAUGUCAACUCUCAAAGCAAAUCGAUCGAUCUACGGCCGCCGGGCUGAGAAUUGGAAACCCAUCCGAAAUAAGUGGUCCAAAUAUCACAUAUCCUUCGCUCAGUAUGGGAAGGCCACCUUUCCCUUCUUCACCACUGGGCCCGCCUACCUGCUCACUGGAGACAUAGUUCACGCUCUGUACCUCCAGUCGCUGAAUACAGCCUUCCUAAAGCUGGAGGACGUCUUCACAACGGGAAUCGUGGCCGAAAGUCUGGAUAUCCGUCGGGUAAACGUACGCGAGAUCGCCAACACCCGCACAAAGUUCGAGGCGUGUCACAUCCGCGACCGAAUCUCUAUCCACAUGGUGCGAAACAACGAACAGUUUGAGUUGUGGAAGAUGUUACUGGACGAUACCAUUAAGUGUAUUAAAAAGUAAAUGCAUCUCGUUGCUUUAGCUGUCUAGAUCACUCUGUUAUAAGGUUGAAAAUAA